AUGUUGCGUCGUAUCUCAAGCGCAAUUGUUUCGGCCAGCAAAACCCAACUUCGCGGCCCAGCUGUCAGGUUCUAUGCUACCGAGGCUAGCCCAGAAGACUAUGGUUAUUGUAAGUAUAUUAUUGCAGUUUAGUUGUGAUAAACAUGCUUUCAUAUUGUUUCAAGUGAAUUUCAGAUCCCGAUCCCCUUGAACACGCUACUGGACGUGAAAAGAAGAUGUUGAUUGCUCGUUUGGCCGGAGAUGAUGUAUGUUUUUAAACUGUUUUUGUAUUUUCCUCAGUUUUUGCCAUACUGAUGCUUAUAUAACAAUAUUACAGCGUUACGAACCCAAAGUCUACUACAGAGCCGAGAACUCUUCCAAGGAAAAGCCAAAUUUGGUCCCAGUCCACUUCUUGGAGCGUAUCAUUGGAUGUCUCUGUAAGUUUUACGAUUGUUUACAAGUAUUUUCGUUUAGGUGAGCACGAUUCUGGUCACGUUAACUUCAUGGUAAUCCGAAAGGGCGAGCCCAAGAGAUGUGAAUGUGGAGCUUGGUACAAGGCCAUCGACGCCGACCCAGAGUCUGUCUAG